CUCUGUCUCUCUCUCACACACACACACGCUUCUUUCUCCGAAAGCUCAGCUGAGUUUGCGCUGGAGGAAGUUAACGAGUGCCGUUGGAUGAGCUUGCGAUACCGCUAGGAAGUGGAAGUUCCGCCUUGUUGUGCAGCGAGCGUGUGUGUGUGUGUGUGUGUGUGUGUGUGUGAGAAAAUGUGUGUGGCGCGCUGGAGAGCCCAGUCCUGCUCGGCGCUCUCGUCGUCCCGUGUGAGCAGCAGUGAGCCUCAGGGAUCAUCACUCUAAGAGCCUCGGGAGUCAGUCCGUUUCCAAGAAACAACAACACAUCGAGUCGGCGAUUGACUGCAACUGAGACUGAUCUGUGCUGAAAAAUAAAUACAGUAAAAAAAAAAGUCACAGGGUGAUGUUCCAGAGUAAAACAGAAUGGCGACACUUGGUAGUAGGAAGAGGACAGCUGUAGCAUUGCCAGACUUAAACACCAGAGGAAAGGGCACUCUGAAGAACUUCACAAUUCCUCGGAAGAGAAGGGCUACUGGAACAUGUUCAACUUUCCUUGAACCCUGUUCCAAAGAAAGUAGGGAAUUUAGCUUUAUUCUGUCAACUCUAAAUGAUUCCAGAUUGGACCCAAACAAGUACAUAUUUUUGUCUUCGGACUGCCAGCAAGUGAAACUAAUACACAAUGAACAACUUUUGAAGGAGUUUUCUGAGAAAAGGUCUGAGAUGCGUUCAAAGGGCAGGAAUCUCAGGGAAAUGGAGGAAAAGUUCUGUUUUUUAGUUGAAUCUGCUGCAGCCACAGACCAUCUUUGUGAACAAGGACUAAGAGUGGACAAAAAGGCCCAGCAUACCCUUGGCAAUCCAGUGCAUGGGGUCUGUUUGUACAGACAUGUUGAUGUGGCCCUGAAAAACUCCACCAACAGGAAUAUUAUUAUUUUCAAGGUAAUCUUUGGCAAGGUGAAACGAGUGCCGAUAAAUUUGGGGAAAAAUGCCAUGAUGGACCCAGUGAUACAUUCUGACUGCUACAUUUCUAAAGACCCAGCUGGACCCAAGGACAGCCUUUUACAACAGGCCUCAAGCUCCUCUGUGUAUUUUUUUGAUUACGAUGAAAACCAAGAGCUCAACACAAGACCCAGGCAGUGCUUGCCAUAUGCAGUGGUUAUAGUUGCUUCUAACGGAAAUGCAUUUUCUGCAGUCUCCAGUAGCAACCUAGUUUUGCCUAUGAAGAUGCCAUCUGUAGAAAUGUCAUCAGGUUCUUCCAAAUCUUUGAAAACCUGCACAGUGGCUGAAAGAUGGGGUAGAGGACAGAAUGCAACAGUGACAUUUAGACAGUUUGGAGGACUGGAAAAUGUCAUGCAUGACCUUGGGUACAACUCUCCUAAGUUUGAAAUAGCUUCCCCUUUUCAAAGAGUGGAGCAAAUGAAUACACAUCAAACCAGAUUGCCCACAAUGCUUCAGAAUGGAAGAGAUCUUCAUCUACAGCAAACUUUUGAUUACUAUGCUCUCCAACAGCAGUGGACACCUAAAGCUCAGCUCGAAGGACACUUCUCUGCUUCAGCUCCGUUUACAGAAGGAAACAUACUUCCUGGUGGGCCCACUUCUAAUACAAUUAAUAGCAUUCUAGACAUUUCUGGCUCAAGCAUUGACACUCAUAAUAGUAUGUACGUGAGCCGAAAUACAAAACUUCCAAGUUCUGAUUUAUCCAUAGCUGUGGCAGUGAGUAAUGUUUCCACUACAGUUUUCAAUUCUCGAGUUGUGAGAGACCCAAGACUGUUCAGGCAGGAAAGUAGCAACUUUUCGCAGACUUCUGCUGUGGGUAUACAGCAGGAUAUGCCAACAGGCCAGAUAAGGCAUAACUCUGGGCUAGAAAUCAACUGUAGCAAUUUUGCCCAGGCAUGGGCUCUAAAAACACCUGAAUAUGGAUACCUAAAAACGGGACAGCAACAGGUAAUGCAUACACUGCUGCCUGGCACUGAUUUCAUUGACCAAACAAAUAAUUCCUUUAAGAGUAAUUCCGGUCCUGAGCAAUCUGCAUUGUUGGCAGUACUCUCUAAGCACCCAGGUAAUACUUCAGAAGAUAUAGAAUGCAACAGUGUCAAUGACAGAGAAAGCAGCAGCUCCUCUCUAGACAUUAAAGAAAUGGAUGAACAUCGAAAAAAGAAUGAAGAAAAAAUACCAGAAAAGAGUGCUCAUGAGGCUGUUGCUGUUGCGAUUGAGCAUGGCAGUGUUGUGUCUAAUGCAGGAAGUCAGACCCUCAUUGACAAACUCUUUUCUCAGGAUGAUCACAAACAAUACAUAGAUAAACAAAACACUGAUCUGCAGUUUAUUCAGCUUAUGUCAUAUAGUGGAAAAGAGGAUGCACAGAUCCACGACAUCCAUGAGAAAUCCUCUGACCUGAAGAUAUCACACCUGAAAACAGGAAAAGAUAGCCUUUCGAAAGAGGUAACCUCUUUUUUAAGAUCAGGAAAAGUUAGUAAAAAUGCUGAGUGUAUUGAAGUUUAUGAGAAAAAUUCUACACCUGUCAGUGAGGAGACCCAGAUUCCAAUGGAUUGCCCAUGUCUUGAUCACCCUGAAACCUGUGAAUCUAUAAACAACUUUUGGCAAAAUUCAGAGACGAAAAUUAUAUUUGAGUCAGUGAGAGGCGGGGAUUCCCAAGAGAUUAAUGCAAGGGAAAAGAAUGUAGGGCAAAGUGAGGAAUUCAUGAGUGCUGGAUCAUUUCAGGAAGUGCAUCAUAUAGAUGAUUUAAAGGAAGUCCAUAUCAUAAAGUCAGAUGUCAUCCCAAAUGCAGUAUCAGUUCAUGGAAAAGAGGUAAAUCCAUCAAGUAAACACCUGAAACCUGAAGGGCUAGCAAGUAAGGCCUCAAAUUGUAUCGUUGCAAAUAAUGAUGUCACAACAAGCAUUCAACAUGCCAUAUGUGGUAACGAGGAGAAACAGUUGUCUGACCCACUGCUGUGUGUUUUAUAUAAGAGAAUCCAAUUCAAUCAGUUAUUUCUUACAGCUAGUCCAGUAGAACAACUUUCUGAUAAAUCUUACCUUAAACCAAGGAAUCUGGAAAAUCAUCUUGGCAACAUCUGCUUGUCUCCUCUAGAAAGUAUAAAACAGACAAACAAAAAAUAUAAACUCAGAGUUACAAUUAAAGCAGACAAUAUGAGUACUGGUUUUUUGGAGCAACAUAUUCUUUCAGAUAAAAUUCCUUUCACAAAAAGUCGUAAGAAGAAAGAAGAUCCAUCCAUUGUUCUUGAGGACAAGUCAGUGAACAGUAGCCCUGUCAGUGAAGUAAUUAACAAUGGAAAAGACAGUCAAAAUAUCGAAAAUUUGGAGCUUGUUUCGAGGGAUACAUCCAAUUAUGUCGUUGAAGCACAUACUACUGAAGGACACAAUGCUAGACUUGUUAAGAAGUUGGCAGAAAAAUAUAGGAAAAAGUCAGAACUAUCAUUUAUCAAGCAACAUGAUAAAACUAAAAACAAGACAGCUACUAAGCCCAUCUCUGAGAUUCUGCAGUCAGAUAGGUCAGACUCACUUGAGAGUUCUUUAAAGGACUCAAGCUACCCUGCACAACUGCCACAAGAGGACAUUGUGUUUUCCUCAUUCAGACCUGCAAGCACAGUUAGCACACUUAACACUUCUUGUUUCAUUAAAAAACAAGAAGAAUAUAAUUUUGCAAAUGACCUUGGCAGUACUGAGAAACAUGACAGUGUAUCGGUUGUUCACCCUACAAUACAAGAUAAGUCCAUGAUGGAUUGCACAACCAUCAAGCUGUGUGAAUGCAGGGCCUCAAGAACAUGCAACCUAAAAAAAGCAGUGACCUUAAAAAAGAUGAGAGGCGACAGGAAGCAAGCUGGUAAAGCUACACAGCAUCAAAGAAGGAAACCAAAAGGAAAGCGGCUUUUGUACAGAGCAAACAAUGUGCACUUGAUGCCUGCCUGGAAAAAUAAGAAAGUCUUGAGUAACAGUUUCAUGCUUUUUAAAUGCUUGCAAAUGGAGCAACGUAAGUGCCUUGGACGUUCAAGAAAAAUCAAAAGGAAUAACACAAGGAAAGGGUCUGUGAAACAAAAAGGCAAGAAAAGUAAUGUUUGGAACAAUUUAGGAACUUUUACCACUGCAGAAAAAAAUGGAGAGGUUACUGAAGACAAUAACAGUGAAAUGAAAAUGGCACUUGUGAAUUUGUUACCAAAACAAGCAGCAAAUAGCCCCCCUGAAUGCAUAUCUUUAAGUACAUCCGCAGAUCUGAAAGCACAAAAUAGUGAAGCUCAGUCAUUUGAAACUGACAAAGCUGAAAAAAGUGACAAGAUUUAUAACCCUAAGUUAUUCAAGAGCGCAGGCAAAACAGAGCACGAUAUAAAUGUGAAAUGUCAAGAUGAACACACAUCUCAGUGUAUUUCACUUCCAGUGUUUUCUUCCGGAGAUACAUCUGUUGCAUUACCAAAGGAGAGAAAGAAAGACAAUAUUUUGCAUGAACUUACUGAAAAACUGCCAGAAGAAUCGCAGAUUACGAUGCAUUUGUCAAAGACUUCAGAAGAAACAUUAAGCAAUAAUGUUACAGCCCUCAGCAAAGGUACCUUAUGGCUUAGUGAACCACAGCCAAAACUACCUAUGAGUUUGGAAGCAGAUCCAGUUAAAGCUACCAUUAGAAUGGAAAAAGAUAAAAAUUCACACAUGCAAGAACAUAUAGUUAAUAAUAUGUCAUCCAAGAUAAGACUCAUUACUAAAUUAAGGCACUACUUGCAAAAAACAGAUGCCUCCAAAAAUGUACUGCAGUCAAACAACUCAGAAGUUGUGGGAAAUAGCACAAAACCACCAAACUUAGAGACUGCUGAGAAAAUCAUCCGAGAUCUUACAACCCAACAACCUGAAUUUGAAAUUUGUGCUGGGAUGAAAUUACCUUACUGCAGACCUGAAGAUACUACCUUCACUUCUAAUACAAAGAAAGAAACUGCCUUUUUGGAUUCUUCUAACUUAACUCCAGUGGAAGAUAUCAUAACACCAUGUAAAUCUGAAGGCAAACUUUUCUCAAAGAAGACAACUAUAAGGGAGAAUAACAAAAACAUCCUGACGGGAAACAAGCAACAUGAGCAGACUCCUGUAGUUCUAGAGGAAGAGCAAAAUCAGAGUACAAUAGGCCCUUGUGAUGUAGUUGUGUCAGGGUCAGUAGGUAAUGAUAAUCAACAUUAUACACUUAAACUAAAUGAAAAGAAUCAACAGAUUGUUCAUUCUGAACAUAACACUAACAACUUGGUGGGUGUAGGUGUUAAAAAACCAGAUGUCUCCACAAAUCAACGUAAAAAUGAGCCAGCAUUUAACACUACUUCUUUUCAGAAAAAACACAAUGCAACUGAUAUUUCAGACACCCUAAGGGAAGCUGAUCGUUUGGCUUCCAAAGAAGAACUAACAAGUCUUAGAGACAGAUGUAAAGAGAUGCUCCAGUUCUUUAUCUCCACAUUUGAAAACGAUCAGAAUAUUGGUUUUGAUGAAGUUAUCAUCUCAAAGGAUCUCAUCUUAGACAAAUACUUAGAUCAUCCUCCAAAGGCAGUGGAUUUGAAAUAUGAAGCUCUGCACUCUUUCUUCGAACUACAAAUGAUGAUGGAGGCAAUGCAGUUUAUUGAGAACAAAAUCAGAUUCUUAAGUGGAGAACCAACAUUCAGGAGUUUGCUUUGGUAUGAUCAGACACUCAAUAGUGAGCUCUACAAAGGAAGGGUAAAAUAUCAUCUGCAGUCCUCCACGUAUGCUUCGGACCAAGAAAAUAUUUCCAGUAAAGGGAACAGAACGUUUCAACAGUACACGAGCGUAUUAAAUCAUCAACAUGCAAGAUUCACAGAGACCUCCUACUACAUGUAUCUCAAGAGCAGGAGAGAGAAAUUGGAGGUUGAGGCUGCCAUGAAAAAUAAUUUACAUUCUGGAAGCUUCAAUUUGUCCAUACCUUUGACUUGCAAUGUCAAUUUUGGAGACAAAUUAGAGAGUUUAGAAGUGCUCCAAAAACAUGUCAGCACUUUUACAGAUACUUAUUUUGCUCAUCUGCAAAGGAAUUGUGAUGCUGGAAUACCAGAACAUCUGUCCAUUUUGUGCAGAUUUCUUGAUGAGAAAAUAAAAUACUUGAAGACUUGCAAAGCAACAGACAGCCAGGUAGCUUGGUUUGGACUUGAACAGGUUUGCUAUAAUGCUUCCAAGAUCCUUGUUUGGAAGAGCUCAAAGGAAGCACAUGCUUUCAAAUCACUUGCAGUACUAAAGGAUGCAAUGCAAAAAUUGAUAGGAGGGCUGACUGAAACUGAAAUUUCAUCAUCAAAAUUAAAAAUACAAAAGGACACAGCAUCCCCCAAGAGGAGUAAAUCUCAUCAAUUCAUGAUGGGCAACAAAAAGAGAAGACAGAUCAAGCACUGUGAAAAUGUGAUUCUGACACGGGAUUUUAGCCAGAACAAAGGAUGGCAUGGGAAUCCUCUAGUACGGCAGAAUGAAGUUGUGAACCGCCCUACCAAAUGUAAAAACAACCUUGGAAAUCAGUUGCUGCCUGUGCCUUCUGGAGAUAAUGGAAAUGCCCAGCAUGAGACAUGGAACUGGGGAUCUUUUGAGGCAGAACUGGACAACAUACACAGUGCAUCAGCACAGUUUAUUUUCUGUGGUUUCAUUUUCUGCAACUAGUCGAGGAGAAUGGCGAGAAGAAGAAAGGGGAUUUAUUGGCGCACAAGGCAUGGCUGGUUUUCAGUAUCUCACCAAUAUUCUAGAAGGAUUUUUAAAAUAUGUUAGCUGUGUUCAAAAUGUUUACAGAAAAAUGACUAGUAAAUAAAUAGAGGUACGUGUCUAUUAUACUUUUGUAGUCACAAAACUAAAGGUGUGUACAAGUUGAAGAACAUAACUUUCGUAAUGAAUCGGUCCCAUCAUUAUUGCUGGUAAAAUACAGUCAGGAUUUUAACGUGGAACACUUUUUAGUAUUUUCUCCAACUCAUUGUUCUUUCUUUGCAUCAAUGUUUCAUUCUCCUGCAGUGUUUUCAGCACAGAAAUAGCAUGUGAUACCAUCUCAUGUGUAAAACUGAACAACACACCGAAUGAGAGGCUGUGGAUAUAUGUGGAUAUUUUUUUUCGGUUAAUUUUAAAGUUUUCUUAACUGUAAUGCUGUUUCAUGUUAGUUAAAGAUAAAAAUAAAACUGGUGUCCCACCAAA